UAAGUGUGAGAAGACCCCGGAAAACGGAAGAAGUGAACUUGACACUGACUGGUUCGUUAGUUACUGGCAAAACAAUAACCAUUACUAAAGUUGUGCUCGGAACAAUGUACAGGUUAUCAACAGAUGGUAGAAGGUGGGUGUUGUCCAGUCGGUGACUGACUAUCCAUCUCCAUUAUGGUGCUGUGCAGCAGCAUGCUGGCUGUGGCAUUCCUCUUGUCUCAGGCUGGGGGGUUCCUGCACUCUUUGGAAGAGGAUGCCCUUCCUAAGGAGUGGGUGCUGCUCCACAUGGUGCAGGGCCACAUCGGGGCGGGCAACUACAGCUACCUUCGGCUCAACCAUGAUGGCAAGAUCAUCCUGCACAUGCGCAGCCUCAAGGGUGAUGCAGACCUGUACGUCUCGGACAAAACUCUGCGGCCCAGCUUCGACACCUACAAGCUGCAGUCGGUCACCUGCGGCCAGGACGUGGUCGUAGUGCCUGGAGACUUUGGGAGGCCCGUGGGAAUUGGCAUUUAUGGCCACCCGUCGCACCAGGAGAGCGAGUUUGAGAUGAGGGUGUUUUACGAUCAGACUUCCCUCCAGGACCCGUUUGAUAAAAGGUCGUACCCCUCAGAGGAGGACCGGGGGAAGCAGAAAUACUCUCCAGCUCCAGAGGAUGACUUACAGGAAGAGGAGUCCAUCUUCUGGACUAUUUUAAUUGGGAUUCUAAAGAUUAUACUUGAAAUUUUGUUCUAAUAAAUGUGUGCUGCUGCUCUCUGCCAUGUGCAUUUUUAGAAUGAGGACACUUGUGGUGUAGUCGAGCUGAGCGCAUGAUGUUAAUCUAUCUGAGCCCGGGUUUCCCAAAAACAUUUUAAGGCUAAGUUCAUCUUAGACCAUAGGAUACUUUUGGGGAAACCUGGCAUUGGUGAUCUGAACAUUGGACUGAAAUUAACCUGAAGAAGCGGAAAAGCAAAGGGAAUAUUUUUUUUUUUCGUAAUUCAAUUGAGUGAUUCUUUUGAUUAAUGACAAAGGCAAUGCCUCAAUAUGUUGCUUGUCAAUCAACCUCUUGGCUGAGGCUUACCUCUGUGGAAAAAAUGAAUCAAACCACUAAUAUUUGCAUAUCUAUAUCAAUUAUGCCAUCUGAUUAAAUGACUGGGUUAUGGUGAAUGACCACUGCUCUCCAAGCCAAUACCAUGGCCUAACAAACAAUGGAAGUUUAUCUGAUUGGUAGUGCCUCACUGGACAGACUGAUAGCACUUCUUCAUGGAAGUCGUGCAAUGAGCCUGUUCACUUGAAGUCAUGUAGAGUUUAGCCAACCUGGGCCUGGUUUCCUGAUAGCAAAGACACUUAGGCUUACAAGUGUUUAAAAAAUUUAUCUUUCCUACAACGGCCUAAGAUGUAACAUACAUUUCAAUGAUAAUGCCAGUGAAGCUGGUGUUUGGAGGAUAUAUUGGCACGGAUGUCUCGGGCUGACAAACAAUGCCAAUAUAUCCUCCAAACACUGUUUUGAGGACAUUAUCGCUUUUAUACAAUGGGUUAUCAACAAACAUAAUGAUUGACAUUUUCAUAAACAUUUUGAAUUUAUUCAUACCAUUUCAUCCUUCCACAAGAUUAACUCUAUUGGUCAUUAAUUAUAUCGGUUGCCAGAGACGCGACCUAGUCGUUCACUCUUUUUGUUCUGUAUCUAUGGACGCAACCCAGUUGUUUUUAUAAAGUUACCAUACUGACUGGCAACAUUCUUAUCCCUCGCUUGCUAGCCAACUACGGCUAACUUUGUCACGUCAAACAUUGCAGCCAGAAUAACAGCAAAGUAGCUGCAUUUGCGUUUGUUUAAGCUGUUUUCCAGAGACAUUUCUCGUCAGGACACUGUUCAGACGAAUUAGCCAACAACACAGCUAACAUGAUCCCUUCAAACUGUAGCUCGAAAGACUGCAAACUAGCUGCGUUUCGUUUUACCUGUUUUCUAUGGAUAUUUCAUUGUUUUCUAUGGAUAUUUCAUUGUGUAUAUCCAUAAAAAUUAUGCCAUUUGAUUCAUGAUUUCGACUGGCUUAGAAAACCUGUCUGCCUUUCUCGUCCCAACUCCCCGAAACGUUCAUUAUUAUAGGACAGCUAGAGAUCGAAUUUAAAUUUUGAAACAAUGUCGGAGACGGAAGAUUUAGACAGCUCUCCGCUGUUGAAAAUCAAAUGCUUGUCGAAAAUAAAUGGGAGAUGAUUUUAGCCGGUGGUCAUUUUUGGAAUAGACACGGGCUGGAAUGCGGUUUUAACCAAUCAGCAUCCACAAUUAGACCCACCCGUUGUAUAAUUCCCAAAACACUAGGCAGAGAGAACAUUCGCCAAGUGCGUCGUUGAGGCCUGUGUCGAUACUGACAGGAUCGGAAUCAUGCCAAAGCUGCUCUCUGAUCAGCUUUCCGUUCAAAUCUUACUUUAACAUUCUAAUUAUUCCACGAUACUGACGAUGGAUCAGCUCAUAGAAAGAUCACAUGGCUAAAACAUUAGGCAAAUCAAAAUUUGGGACAUCAUGAAAUGACAAAUUACAGACGGUAUCAUACAAGAGGCAAAAUAUAACUCAAUUUCAUGAACAUGAAAUGUAUUUCAAUAUGAUUGAAAUAGGCCUAUAGCUUACUUACUGUAUGCUAUAUUUUAAUGCAGUCAUCUCUGUUUUAAUUUGAAGUGUGUUUUUAUACGUCGCUCAAGUCCAACGAUGGUUUUGGGAAACAGCUCAAAACGAUGCGCUUACAAAGGUUCUAACGAUGAACUUUGCCUUCAGAUGCUUUUGUGAAACCGGGCCCUGUUCAAUAGGUUCCAAAUGGGAACAAAUUACUUGGAGGCGGCAGGCACUACCUGAAACUUGCGUUUCCAUUUGAAAACGUUUGCUCCCAUGUGUGCCUAAUGAACGAGACCCAGGUCUAAAUUGGUGUCCUGGGUCUGAAUUAUGCAACAACUAAAUAUCAGUACACCAGUGAGCAGAGAUGUUCAACAGUGCCUUUUGAUCUGUCAUGUCUUGGGUGAAUGGCAAUGCAACAUCUCAUGCAAAUGGAGUCAUUUUAUAAGAUUUUCAAAUAAAGAUGUGAUUAUCUUUGCAAAAUA